AUGGCGAAGAAGUAUUUGUUACUAGCAAUUACUCUGAUUAUUGCAGCCAAUUAUUGCUGUGCAGUAGCAAUGUAUGGCGGAACCACGCUUUUAAUGAGUUCUUCCCUCUCAGGAAAUCAGACCCUAGUUUCAAAAAAUGGCACGUUUGCAUUGGGAUAUUUCAAUCCAAGGGCAACGAAUAAUUGGUAUAUUGGCAUCUGGUAUACCCCAAUCCCUCAGAAGGCCAUUGUAUGGGUGGCUAACAGAGACAAUCCUGUCAGAAAUAUGCCCGGCGUUCUCAAAUUUUCGAGAGAAGGUCAGCUCACAUUGUUUGAUAGAAUGGGCUGUUCCGUUUGGUCGACUGAUAAUGGCCAGAAAGGAUCAGGGGCUGUGAUAACGGAUUCUGGUAAUUUCAUUGUGCUGGACGCCCACAACGAGUCUGCGAUUGUUUGGGAGAGUUUCGCGCAUCCGACAGAUACAUUGUUGCCUGACGCGAAGCUGUGGAAAGGAAUGACACUAACUUCCUGGAAGAGUUCUUCAGAUCCUGCAAGUGGGCUCUACUCUUUCCCAAUGGACACGUCUCCAGGAAAGACGGAGUUGAUGAUGUUGUUUAACAAUACCGUUCCAUACUGGUCCAGUGGAGAAUGUAUUGGACACAAUUAUUUUACUAAGGUUCCAGAAUUGGAAGGUCAGAAGAAAGUUCAAACGUCGUGUGUGAGGCUUUCUCCUUCAAGAAUAUACAUUAAUUUUAGCAUAAACCCGAUAGAUCAUAUGAUCAAGGGGCGGUUCGUGUUAAAUGAGAACGGCGAUUUUGAACUUUUCUUCUGGAUGGAUAAUGGUAGAUGGAGUCUGAGGGCUUCACACCCAAGCACGACUCUCAAAGUUGGUGGUCAACUGGGUGUGCUCGGGGAAAACCCCUUGCCUGAAAAAGGAGCUGUCUUAAUCAACAAUGAGCCAACACAGCAAGGCUGCCGGACAGCUUGUCUCCACAAUUGCUCCUGCACAGCCUUUGCUUUCGCUGAUUCUGAUCCACCCGUCUGA